AUGUUUGUUUUAAAGUAUACAAUUUUAAAAAGUCUUUAUAAAGAAACCAUUUACUAUAGUUCUACUGAUGAAGAAUAUCAACAAAAUAAUAAAAAAAAGAAGAAAUCCAAAAAAAUAGGUAGUGAUUUUAUUCUACAAGAAGCUGAAGUUGAUGAUGAUGUUGAUGAUGAAGAAGAAUGGGAAGAAGGAGUACAAGAGAUUGGAAUUAUUGAGAAACAAAUUGAUGAAGUUGGACCAACUGCUAGAGAAAUUGAAGGUAGAAGAAGAGUAUCAGAUUUAUGGAAUUUGCAAAAACAAGAUGAAAUUGAAAAAUAUCUUAAAAACAAAUAUUCCAAUGGAACUGCAAUAUCUUAUCAUUUUGGUGAUGGAGUUGAACAAAUGAAUGAUGAAAUUACCCAACAAAAUUUAUUACCGGAUAUUAAAGAUCCUAAUCUCUGGUUAAUCAAAUGUAAAAUUGGUGAAGAAAAUAGCACUAUCCUUUUAUUAAUGCGAAAAUUUCUUACAUAUCAAUAUACUGACAAUCCUUUAGUCAUUAAAUCAGCUAUUAUACCUAAAGGCAUCAAAGGUUUUAUUUAUAUUGAGGCUUUUAAACAAGUUCAUGUAAAAGCAGCUAUUGAAAAUAUUUGUAGUUUAAAAAUGGGCUUUUGGCAACAAAUGAUGGUGCCGAUUAAAGAAAUGACAGACGUUUUUAGAGUAAGAAACCAGGUGAAUUUAAGAUCAAAUCAGUGGGUGAGAAUAAAAAGAGGAAUAUAUAAAGAUGACAUUGCCCAGAUUGAUUAUGUUGACAUAGGGCAAAAUAAAGUGCAUUUGAAAUUAUUGCCCAGAAUUGAUUAUUCUAAACUGCGUGGUCCAUUAAGAUUAACAACAGACAAUAAUGAACGUCAAAAGCGUAAAAAAAGUAUAAGACCACUUGCAAAACCAUUUGACGCAGAAGCUAUUCGAGCAAUUGGUGGAGAAGUGACAAGUAAUGGAGAUUAUUUAAUCUUUGAAGGAAAUUAUUAUACACAUAAAGGAUAUUUAUAUAAAAACUUUAAAAUAAAUGGUAUAAUAACUGAAAGUGUAAAACCUACAAUAGAAGAAAUAGAAAAAUUUGAAGAAAGUCCAGAGAAUAUAAAUAUAGAGUUAAGUGAUCCUCCCAUUACUGGAUUUGUUAGUAGGAAAGAAGAUUUAUUAAUUACUCACAAUUUCUAUACUGGUGAUAAUGUAGAAGUUUGUCGAGGUGAAUUGAUGCAUUUACAAGGCAAAAUUCUUUCUAUAGAUGGUAACACAAUUAUGAUUUUGCCAAAUCAUAAAGAAUUAACAGAUCCUAUUGAUUUUAUGGCAUAUGAAUUAAAAAAAUACUUUAGUAUUGGAAAUCAUGUUAAAGUAGUUGGUGGUGAAUAUAUAGGUGAUACAGGUUUAAUAGUUCGAAUUAAAAAUGAUCGUAUUAUACUGUUCUCUGACAUAUCAAUGCACGAACUCGAAGUUUUAUCUGAUAAUUUGCAGCUUUGUCCAGAUAUGGCAACAGGUGUUGAUAGUUUUGGUAAGUUUCAAUGGGGUGAUCUCGUUCAGCUAGAACCCCAAACUGUAGGUGUUAUAAUUCAACUUCAACGUGCCGAUUUUCAAGUUUUAUCGAUGCAUGGAAAACUUGUUGAUGUCAAGCCGGGAAGUUUAAUAAAAUACCGAGAGAAUAAACAUACCAUUGCUCUGGAUAUGUUUCAAGAAUCAAUUACAAGAAAGGAUAUAGUUAAGGUAGUUGAUGGACCCCAUUCUGGUCGAGAUGGAGAGAUAAAACACUUGUAUAGAAGCUUUGCUUUUUUGCAUUCAAAAAUAUAUAUUGAAACGGGUGGAAUAUUUGUUUGCAAAACCAGACAUCUACAACUUGUCGGAGGAAAUAAGAGUGUCCCUAUUGGAUUCAAUACUCCAGUUUAUGCUUCACCUUCAUAUUCAGAAAAAAGUAAAAACGCUACUCGGUUAAAUAAUUUUGGCCCCGUUCGAGACAAGAAAUUAAUUGGAACGACAAUUAAGAUAACAGGUGGCCCAUAUAAAGGUAAUAUAGGUUUUGUAAAAGAUGCUACAGAAAGUACAGUUCGGGUUGAGCUGCAUUCACCAUGCCACACAAUUUCGGUUGAUCGGUCUCAUAUAAUCACCACAGAAUCGAAUGUAGGCAAAUCAAGUACUCAUAAUUACACACCAACCUACUGUCCAGGAGCUCGAACGCCAAUGUACGGGUCUAAAGAGGAUUCAAAAGCAUCUUUGCAGGGCUCACAGACACCUAUGUAUGACAACGGAGCUCGAACUCCCUACUAUGGUUCGGUAACACCAUCUCAAGAUGAAUUACGUUUAUCUGGAAUAAGUGGAGCUUGGGAUCCCUCUGUAUUAAAUACUCCAGCUAGAAGUAUUGAAUAUAAUGAUACUACUACAGAUGAAGAUAGCGUACCAGAAUUUUCACCAAUGUAUCAAGAUUCACAAUCUAUUGGUCCAUUGUACGAUCCUGAAGAAACUUAUGAUCAUGGCGAAGCAAGUCCUAGUCCAGUAUCAAGUAUAAUUUUGAGCCCGAAUCCCAACUAUACUGUUACAGUAUGCUCUUCAGAAACAGGUUUUCUGAGUCCUCAAAUGGAUUACACACCAUCAUCUCCAACAGAAUCCAAUAAGUCUGUUGCCUCUGGAGAUACCAAAAUUUCUUAUUAUGGUUAA